GCUUUCUCACUUUCAAAUUUGUUCAAAGUUUCUCUCUCUCUCUCUCUCUCUCUCUAUGGCGAUGGCGAAGAAGGGAUCAGAUCGAAGCUCCUUAGGAUCCAUGGCAGAAAUCCGUGAGGUGUUUCAGCGCUUCGACAAGAACGGCGACGGGAAGAUCUCGGGCGACGAACUCAAGGACGUGAUCCGCGCCCUCAGCCCCUCGGCGACACCGGAGGAGGCGGCGCGUAUGAUGAAGGAGCUCGAUCGCGACGGAAACGGCUUCAUCGAUAUGGACGAGUUCGUCGCUCACUUCCAAAUCGGAGACCAGAAUCGCGGCGGAGACGGUAAGAACAACGGUAACGGCAACGACGUGAAGGAUCUGAAGGACGCGUUCGACAUGUACGACCUGGACGGGAACGGACUGAUCUCCGCGAGCGAGCUUCACGCGGUGAUGAAGCGAUUGGGGGAGAAAUGCUCCGUCAGGGAUUGCGCGAGGAUGAUCAGCAAGGUCGACACCGACGGCGACGGUCACGUCAACUUCGAGGAGUUCAAGAAGAUGAUGAUCAAUGGCGGACCUUAGAAUCGAUCGACCGUCGAGGGAAUUUUCUCGAUUUUGUAUAUAGAAAAGGCUACCCUUGCUUCUCUCACUCACUCUAGAGUUAGAUUUAGGAACGGUUUGCUGAAACCCUAGAAAUUCCUGUAGAGACUCUAGGUAGAUCAGAAGUUUCAGAAUUUGCUCGGCUUCCUCCUGAUGAAUUGAUUCGGUGGAUUUAAUUAGGAUUUUACAUUUAUGAAACACUAAGUUUCUUAAUACACUCCAUAUUCUUGA